AUGGAUACAAGAAAUCAGUGGAAAUAUCAUGUCUUUCUAAGUUUUAGAGGUGAGGAUACUCGCAAGAGUUUUACAGACCAUUUAUUCGCUACUUUGAAGCAGAAGGGUGUCUUCGCCUUCAGGGAUGACAAAAAAUUGGAGAAAGGAAAACCUAUUUCACCUGAGCUUUCAAAAGCAAUAGAAGAAUCAUUGCCUGAGUCAGAAUUUAUCCAAGAUAUUGUGAAAAUGAUAUCACAUAAAUUGAGUUAUGCAUUUCCAAGAGAUACCAAAGACUUAGUGGGAGUAGAUUCUCAAGUGAAGGAAUUGAUGUCGCUUUUAGCUAUAGGAUCAACUGAUUUUCGCAUUAUUGGGCAAAAACUUAUUUGUGAUAUUUUGAUGGAGAAAAAUGUGAAUAUAAGAGAUGUUGAUGAUGGAGUUCUUAUGAUCAAGAAUAGUUUAUGUCAUAAAAGGGUUCUUCUUGUUCUUGAUGAUGUAAAUCAAUUCAAACAGUUAGAAAAGUUAGCUGGGGAGCCAAAUUGUUUGAAGGCUUUUAAUAAAGAUCAUCCUGUCAAAGAUUAUCUAGAGAUGUCCAAGCAUUUUGUAAAUUAUGCUAAAGGCCUUCCUUUAGCUAUUGAUGUUUUGGGUUCUCUUUUGUACAAUAGAAGAAAGGUGGAAUGGGAAAGUGUAUUAGAUAGGCUCAAAACAUUUCCUCAAAAAGAUAUUAUGAAAAUACUUCAAAUAAGUUUUGAUGGACUUGGGGAAACUGAGAAAGAAAUAUUUCUUCAUAUAGCAUGUUUCUUUAAUAUGAAGGAAAAAGAUUAUGUAUUAGAAGUAUUAGAUUGUCUUGGUCUUUGUCCUAAAAUUGGAUUAAAGGUUCUUAUUGAAAAGUCUCUCUUAAAACAUUAUGAAAAUACAUUUUGGAUGCAUGAGUUACUACAAAUAAUGGGUCAAGACAUAGUUCGUCAAGAACCUCAAAAGUGGAGAAAAUUGUGGCUAUAUAAAGACAUUCACGAUGUGUUGAAGAAAAAUAUGGAAUGUGAAGCAAUUGAAGGACUUGUCCUUGAAUUGGGUAACCAACAUAUAUCCAAAGAGGCACAAUGGAAUCUUUGA